AUGGCAGCGUCACACUGUAGUGUGGCGCUGGGCUUAACGGUUCUCAUUUCACACCUCUUCUCCCCAUCACUACUCUCCAUGGCGGACCCUUCCUCAUCUUUGAGCCCUGUCACUCGCAGCGGCAUCAAUCUUGACGACCGAUACACGUGCUGCGUGUGCACGAGUCCAAUGAUUCCUGCAGUGCGAAACAAUCACUGCGACCACUACAUCUGCCUCCGUUGCUCUUUCAUGUGUGAAUCGAGGUGCCCGCUUUGCCGCGCAGAUGCUGAAUGGGCCACAGACAGUGACCUCAGCUGCACCAUUGCAAAUGAAUUGCGCGACGCUCUCGUCGCUGAGUCGCUCAACCGGUUACGCUCUAUUCUAGGGAGCACAAGCCGGGCGACAGUCCGUGACAUCAUUGCGGGCCAUCUUGAUCCCACUCGCUUCACCGUUGAUUUGAGCAGCGUUUGCGAGGAUCUACAGCGCAUUCAGCGCUAUGAGGCCACCGUAGGCUCCACCAAAGCUGAGGAAGAUGCCGAUGAAGAUUAUGUAUUCUACUGCCACUCGCACCUUCAGCUGAACGCACUCCAGAGCAGGAGGCACACACGCAUACUUUUUUGCACUGCACCCUCUUUCUCGGACCCGACAAGUAUCAGUGCCUUUCAUAGACUGCGCGUGCUACACCUACAGGGCUGCCGUCAGCUCAGGUCUCUACCGCCUCUUAGUGAUGCUCGUGAUCUGCGCGUUUUGGUGGUCUAUCGGUGCGGAAUUCGCAGCGUCGGUGGCUUGGGCGACUGUCCGCAGGUUGAAACGGUGGUGUUUUGCGAGUGCGCCGAGCUCGCUGAUGUGACUGGUUUGACGCGCCUGGCGAAUGCCACUUCUCUUUCGUUGAUAGACUGCAGCAAGGUGCUCGACGUCUCGCCGCUGUCUUCAGCCACAAAGCUACAGCACGUGUCCUUGAAAGGCACAAGCAUCAGCAAUAUUGCCGGAUUCAGCGGCUCCGCUGCCACUCUGCACGUUAUCAGCGCCCAGGGGUGCACGCAGCUUACCAGCAUCGACCCGCUUUCAGCAAUGAGGAAGCUAAGGCAGGUACGUUUGGCUGGGACUGGUGUCGUCGACCUUUCACCUCUCCAAGCCAGCAUGGCCACGAUUACUCUUCUCGACGUCGAGAGAUGCACUGAGCUACAAAGCAUCCAGUGUCUUUCUGCAGCAGCAUCGUUGCGCGAGCUGUACUGCGGAGGCACAAAGGUGAAGGAUGUCACCCCUCUGAAGCUGAUCGCACCAAUUCUCACGGUGGUCCAUUUGGAGAACUGCUAUGACCUUGAAAACAUCGCCGCGCUUUCUCAAGCUAGUGGCCUGAGGGACAUCGACUUGAGUCAUACAAAAGUGCACAACAUUGAUGCACUACAGGCCAGCGCUGACACCCUUGAAGUUCUUCUUGUAGGUCACUGCACGGCGCUCAGGGACCUGUCACCUAUUGCAACCGCUUCACGCUUGCGCCGCGUCGACGUGCAGUCGACUGGCGUGCAGAGUCUCGAAUUUCUGCGGGCGAGCGCGUGUACUCUUGAAGUGGUGUGCGCGGACAACUGCCCGCUAUCUGAUAUUUCACCUCUCCGUGGAGCAACGAAGCUACGGGAGGUGCGGCUGGCCCGCACCACCGUUGACUCCCUUGACGACCUUCGUGCUAGCGCGCCAUCCUUGCAGUGCCUUUUCCUCGGCGGCUGCACCCGCAUUGGUGACAUCUCACUGCUCAUGCACGCUACACAGCUUCGGGAAGUGUACCUCACAAACACUGGCAUCAGUAAUAUUGAGGCCCUGCAGCCGUCGGCGGCGAAUCUCGAGGUUCUUGCCAUCGGUGGCUGUGGCCGCAUCUCGGACAUUGCGCCGCUGCUUGUGGCAACAAAGCUGAGGCUUGUAUACCUCUGGGGCACCAACAUCAGCAACAUCCAUGGUAUUCGUUUCAGCGUACCCUCUCUGGAGGUGCUGGACAUUGGAGGAUGCAGCCGGGUGUCCGAGAUUUCUUCUUUGCUGAACGCCUCGAAGCUGCGGGAGGUGCGUCUCCAUAACACGGCAAUCCAGAGCAUUGAGGCACUGCGGCCAAGCGCCGGUUGCCUCGAGUGGGUCGAGCUGGUUGGCUGUACUCACAUUUCUGAUAUAUCCCCUCUCUCUACUGCCAAAAAGUUGAGGGAGGUGUAUCUUACGAACACGGCUGUAAGCAGCAUCGACCCACUGCGGUGCAGUGCCCCAUCCCUCGAGGUGAUUGCACUGGGCAACUGCGCGGAAGUGUCUGAUCUCUCAGCUCUGGCCGCCGCAACCAAGCUGAGAGAGGCGUACCUAUGGGGUACAAAGAUAAACAGCAUCAAGGCGCUGAAAUCUAGCAUGGCAUCGCUGACGGUACUUGAGGUGACGCGGUGCACGAAAAUCUCGGAUGUGUCUACCCUAUCCGGCGCCUUGAGGCUUCGCCGCGUCGACCUGGCGAACACAUCGAUAACCUCCAUCGAUGCGCUGGUGCCAGUCGCAUCCUCUCUCGAAUUCAUCAAUGUCAGCGGCUGCAUGAUGAUAAAAGACUUUGGGCCCCUUGGUGCCGCCACAAGUGUCAAGACGGUGUGGAUGCGCAAGCUUCGUCUCGACUCCCUGAAUGUCCUUCGCCCUGUAACCGGAACCCUGGAGAAGGUGGACGUGAGCGGGUGCCUGAACCUGCGCGACAUCUCGGCUCUCGACUCGGCCACGAAACUGAGAGAGGUGUGUCUCCAAAACACAUCUAUUGACAGCUUGGAUGCUUUGAAGGCCAGUGCGUCGGCGUUGACAGUCGUGAACGCCAACAGCUGCGUCAAUCUGACUAGUAUCGAGGCUCUCGAAUCGGCAACACGGCUCACAGAGGUGAGGCUCAGCAACACGCGUAUCAGCAGCCUUCAACCGCUCUGUGCGAGCGCGGCAUGCGUGCAGAUCGUCGACGUCAGCGGAUGCGUGAACCUGAGAAACACAGCUGCUCUCGCUAAUGCGCCAAGCAUGAGGCAGCUCACUCAUGACUAA